UUUCAUCUGAGCAAGCUGAGCUGAAGUUGUCGAAUUGAUGUUAUAUUGUGGUUCCAAAGAGCUUUCAAAAUGGUGAGUAGAUCACAGUUGUGGCCUUAAAGCCUUCAUUUAAGACUAUUAGUCGUCUUUAGUCUUAUUAGACUCUGUAGUAUGUUUUAAAAAUUGUUGGUAGUGUUGUCAUUUGCAGAUAUGUGAAAGAACAUUUCUUUGAUUUAUUAAAUAAUUAUAUUCGUCAUGUUUGGGCUUCAUAUAAGCUUUCAUUACAAUUAUGUGAAAUUUUUUUCGGCGAAGCCAAGAAAACGUUUCUUAACAUUUUGUAAAUAAAGAUAAGAACUUCCAAAUAAACUAAUAUUAGCGUUUUUAAUAGGCUAAUUGCAAAACUCAAAACUACUUUUGGUGUUUUAUAACAUUUCAUUUUCUUGGCUUCUUCCACCAGACGGUUUUCAAUAUAUUUUUUUUGUUGCAUGACAGUGAAAAUGAUCUAUUCGAUCUGGGACGCACAGACACGUUUAAACGAUUUCAUAAGAACACCUAAGUGCUUCGUGGGUAAUCAAAUUAUGAAAUUUUCAGUAGAGGCACAAACAAUUUCAUACAUGGUAAAAACGUUGCCAGAAACUUUUUGCUACAACUACUUGUAAAAAUACUUGAGACACUGUACCUUUUUUUGGCUUGACUGGCCCGGUUUAUGAUCUUGUGCUUGUGAUCCCCCCUUCUCCCCUUAUCAAAGUUGCUAGCAAUACAAGACCAUGCUCAAAACUUGGAGGAACAUCUUUGAAUGGAGGGGAGGAGGGAGAUGAGUAUCAUAUCUCACAGAUGUGUGAUGUACUAGCAGCGAUUUGAAGUGAAGAAGGUCAGUUUUUGAAUCGUGUGAGUGUCCCAAUAUUUUUGCAACUGGUUGUAGCAGAGUAGAUGAAAUCUUGGUAGCCUGAAGAACAUGAUUGUAUAUUACCAGUCCAAUUAAUGCAGCCUUUAGGGAUCAGGCCUACAAAAAGUACAAAAGCUACAAUGGGUGACAAAAUUAGUUAAGUACAUGAUGGCAAUCAUGGCUAUUUUAUCAUUGAUCAGACCCUUCACUGAAUAAACACUUCAAACUUCCUAGCGAGAUAUUGCUAAGCAAUACAUCAUCUGUUGUCAAUUCCUGACAACCAUGCUUAGAUACCACUAGAAAAUUAAUUGUUCAGUGCAUGCCUUGGUUUUGCUUUGUAAUUACUAGAAAACAGUACCGAUUAUUGAUUGGCAAAAAGUUUUCCCUCGAAAAACACGCGAUUAAAUGGUUAUCCUUUCUACUUUCAUAAAAAAUGAUCUGGUAAAUAUUGAAACCGAAAAAAAGUUAUCGCUCUUAACCUGUGCUGAUAGGGCAACAGGGCUUAGAUUUCGAUUCAGACUAUCAGUGACAAAGUAAGUUGAGACACUUUGGCCUAAAGGGUCUUUCUGUAGUUUCACGACUUCAAAAGGGGAAAAUAAAGCUUUCCUUCCCCCAUUCCCUCCAUGCAAUGUUGUGCUGCUGUUGGAGCUACUUGCAGAAAACAACAAACAUGCCAACUUUGAGUGGAAGGUUUGGUAGGGGAAAGAGGUGUGGAUUGUUUUGUUCUCUGAAGUUACCCUAUUUGAGUGCUGAUGUCUGAACUUUUUUGUUGCCAAUUGUACAUACCUAUGGCCCUGCAUAGCUUGAUACUAUACUUUCUAGUGAUUAUAGACAAUGCAGACAUGUACCUUAUGUUACUUAUUAAUAUUUUGUGAUUUCAGGUGGAAAGAUUUACAGAGAGUCAAAUUGAUGGUAUGGAUUUCAUUGUAUUCUAUCCUUACUCAAAUUCACCUUUACUUUUAUUAACAAAUUUUAAAAGAUAUGUCAUGUACCCUUAUCGGGUAUUUUUAUUUGUGGCUGAACCUCCUCUGAUUGACCAUUCAACCCCAAAUUUUAUCAAGUGUUUAAGCGAAGACUUACAGUUAGACUGCAAAACAUCACAUUUAUCUAAAUUGUCAAAGUUAGAUUGAGUGAUGGAGUACUGUUAAACAAAGAAAACAAGUUAAAAUCAGAUGGAGUUAUGUAUCCACGUUGUUAAUUAAAGCACUGCCAAAUUUCAAACUGUCAGUUCCAAAUAUUGAUGAAAGUUCCCGAUAAGGUUCUCCAAUCCUUUCAUCCUGAUCCAAAUUUUCUCUCAAUCCUAUAAUCCCAAUGGUUAUUUUCAGCUUGCUACAUCCCUUGCAUACUGUUAAUCCUGAAUCUCGCCCCCAAAUUUUGCUUUAAAGCUCUGAAUCUUGGCUCUCAAAUAAGGGAAACCAAGGAUCUCAAAAAACCUUGUGGAGUCGAAACCUUCAUUGAAAGCCAUUACUGGAUGUAAUCCUGCCUAUGAGAGUUUUUAGCUGUAUUUGCAAAAUAAAAUUUUGGAAAUAUUUUUUUAUGGCAUUCUGCUAUUAAAGGAUGUGGAACUACAUGCAUAAUUAUAUGUGUUGGUGGUUUUUCUAUGCUAUAAACAUUGUUUAUUAUAUGGAAUAGGUUAUAGUUUUUCCAUAUAUAUCGUCAUUACACUGACAAGUUCAAAGUAUUGGUUAACAUUUAUACUUCUUCUUAUGCAACAGAAUUCAAGGAGUGUUUCAGCUUGUUUGAUGGUGAUAGUGAUGGAAUGGUAACAGAGAAUGAAUUAGGACUGAUUAUGAGGUCAUUAGGAGAAAACAUAACCCAUGUAGAAAUAGCUGCAUUGAUGAAAAAAGCUGGUUAGUGCAUAUGACAUCCUUGGUUACAGAUUAUUUACUUAUUGACUGAGUGCGUCGAGGGCUCGGGGGGAAUAAUUGGCUUGGGGUCCAUGCAUCCCGUCUGAGAGCCAAACAUAAGCCUUUUUCUGGGCCUAUCGCUUGAACUGCAUGGCCCUCAUAUGGGUCAUUUUUUUCAUAUGGUUUCCAAUGAAAUUGUGCGGGGGGCCUUAUGGGUGGGAAAGAGAGUUUGCUCACAGGCUUGUCUUCUGAUUUUUUGACUUACUUACUUGCUAUACUUAUCAGCUCUUAGUUAUUAGUAAGUUUGAAAAAGGAUUUAAUUUUGACCAACAAAAUUAAUACAAGCUGGUAUCAGAAAGGUCAGAAAGUGCUUUUAUUUGCAAAGAAUACUUUUUAGUAGAUUUUUAUUGAAUAAUUUAAAAGCAAUUUAUAAUAAAAGGCGCCCUCUCAAGUUAUGUCAGAAUUACAACCAAGUUUACUUGAGGCUGUACAUGCCCCGUGUCUUUUACUUUGCCUUCUAAUAUGAAUUGUAUAAUUAAGUUGUAAAGGCUUAACUGUAUACUUUACAGGCAGUUGGCUUGUUCAGUGCAUAAAAUAUUUUUUAACUCAUAAUACACCUAAAACAUCUAGACUGAAAUCAAGAAAAAUAUUGGCUGAAAUAUGAUUUUUUCUUUUAGUUUUUUUCUUUUUUCAAGUAAAUUUGGAUGAAGAUUAACGUUAUACAUUUAAUUGAAAUACUUUUCAGGAAAACAAAAGGUGCGAUUCCCAGAGUUUUUGAAGAUGAUGGCAGAACAAUGUAGUAAAAAUAUUAACACUGAGAAAGAAAUUUUGGCAGCUUUCACAGCCCUUGACAGAGAAAAAUCAGGCACCGUGAGUCGCAAACAGCUGCAACAGCUAAUGACAGGCACAGGGGAUAAACUUACUACCAGCGAAUGUAAGUCAAGAUAAAGCUCAAUAUUGCACUUUUGUUGAAUCAAUCCUCAGUUUAAACUCGGAUUGCUGCAUGCUUAUCUGUCUUUGCAGCUUGUACGCUUAUUUAUUCCUAUUGCAGUUCAUGUAUUUUUCUCAAGAAUAACCUGCGCGGGAAAGGGACUCAAUUAGUGACGGGGGUUACGCUAGUCUCCCUCGCAGCCAUUUUUUGGAUGUCACGCAACGUUCUUUUGGGGGAGCGUUGUUUGACAUCCAAAAAACGGCUACAAGGCAGACUAGGGUUACGCAGAUAUCCCUUUUCCGCGAGAAACAGCAACAACGACAACAACAUCUAAAUAGAAGACGUCUACACGCAGGCUAUCUCAAGAGCUCUUAGCUUUUUUCUUGUUGCAGUAAAUUUGAGUAUUCAGAGUACCGUCCAAUUCUCUGAAAGGAGAUAACAAACCAAUGAAGCACAGUUAGUUAAGUCAGUUUCGGCAGUGUUUUGGACUACCUUAGUGGAGUUUGUUUUUCCACAAGAAAACAAUACUCCCAGAUGCCUUUCGCUGGUCUGGACGUGGUUCCCUCGGUUUUCGGGAUUUAAAAAAAAAUUAUGGCGAAACAUACGGACGGGGAAAAAAGUGUUACCGCUAAAAUAAGCGACGCGAAUUUUUGUACCAUGUUGCAGAGCUCUUUAAUUAAAUUUGAAGACAUUAUUAACGUUGCAAUGGUAAUGAUUUUUAGGCAUGAACUCAAUUCUGUGGACUGUAAAGGACAUGCAAUAAGGGGGUAUAUAAUGUUGUAAAGGUACUUUGCAAAAACGAUUAUGAUGUUAGCAUGAUGUAUGUUUUUCUAUACCGUUGCAGUUGAGCAAAUGUUAAAAGAUCUUGGCUUGUCCCAGGCGUCUAAUAUCCGUUACACAGGUGAGCACAAAACCUUGCCUUAAAAUGUAAAAUAAAUUAAACUCUAUCCUCAAUUACUUCUAGAGAAGUACUCCAGAUGGACAAACCAAUGAAACCAUCUAAGUCGCAGUAGGAAUUAUGACUAACCUACGAACAGGCUCCAGGAAUAGGAAAAGCCAAAGUAAUAUCGGGGAACGUGUUCAAGCGGGGGACACAGGAACCACUCCCCUUUCGUUCCCUUUCCUCUCCGAACUUGAUCGACUUUCUCUGUCAUCACCUUCGAUAAUCUUCGGCUUCUCGAUUAACUUUUUAGAAUAACGGAAAAAGGUCAAGGUAAUUCAAAAUAAACUGACUUCAGACAAACAUCAGAAAUUGGAGCCAAGUCUUUGGUAAAUGGACCAUACUCUGCAAAUGCUUCGUUCGGAAAAUUGUCUUAAAUUUGUAGAAGAUCAUCUAACAGGAUAACGCAUCAGUAUCUUAUAUCCUUCCACCCAUUCAUUUUUCAGACCUUGUACGAGCCGUUACUCACUGAAGGAUGGCGAUUAUAAACAUCAGAUAGCGAAAAUGGUAACCUUCUCAAUAAUGACGUUUAAACUGAAAAAUGAGAAAUAGCUGUGAAGACUUUUGAGUCACAGGACUGAGGCGAUUAUUUUUUAGUCACUUUUAGCUAGCUUAAAACCACCUAUGAUCGCGUGAAAUUGUGGAAAUUAUAGUUUCUUUUAAAAAGACUAAAACAUAUUUAAAUAAGUGGCUUAAAUUUUAAGUUUCGAGGAUAUACUUUGCAAGCUCACGUGUUGAACUUAUUUAUCAGUGGAAUGGGGUAACUAAAUAAAAAGGGAACGAAUCUUUUU